AGGGGGCGAAGGGGGAAGUAGUAUACAUAUACAACACAGAGAGAAGGAAGAAAAAUAAUAAUCCCUAAAAUGGCGACGGCGAUGUUCAGAUCUAGUGUUCGCUACGCCCUACGUGGGCCACGUGUAACGCCGGCUUCUAAGAGGACUUUCGCUUCUCACUCAUCUGUUCAUGAAGAGGCCCGGGAAGCAGCUAAGUGGGAGAAAAUUACUUACGCUGGAAUAGUUGGAUGCACUAUUCUUGCGGUGAUUAAUCUCUCCAAGGGUCAUCCUCACAGUGACGAGCCUCCUGCUUACCCAUACAUGCAUAUUCGCAACAAGGAGUUUCCAUGGGGUCCAGAUGGCCUUUUUGAGGUCAAGCACCACUGAAACUGCAUGGUUUCUCUGUGAAGGCAUCAAAAUAAUUCCUGUCCAUUUAGAGUAUCAUCACAUCUGUGGUGUAAGCUGUUGAAUUUUCAUUGAAUAUCUUCUGUUGGUUCUUUUCGGUAUAAGAAACCACUGCCUUUACUUUGGCGUAUCUGUAUUUUGCAGUAUACUCUUGGGUUCUUACAAAGUGCUUUCUAAAGAAUAAGAAUUGAGGGAUGAUUAAGUCGUUCCAGUUAUUCUUUUCAAUAUAGUUGCUCUUAAAUGCCUCA